AUCAUAUGGGCGUGUUCUGUGAGUGAGGCGACGCCGCUGUGUAGUAAGCUAUGCAUUUUCAGCAGCUGUCGGUCUGACUACUCUGCUUCUAACCAGAGUGAAAGUUGGGUAGAGAGAAAAGGGAAUCCCAAGACUUUUUUGAUGCUUCCGUCCUCCUGUGACACCUUGGUGGCCUUGCCCCCAUCGACGGUGGGGCCACGUGUCGUGUUCGGGAAGAACUCGGACAGGCCCUGCGAUGAGGUCCAGGAGGUGCUCUACUUCCCAGCCGCAGACCAUGCAGCGGAGGAGAAGGUGGAGUGCACCUACAUUGAGAUCAAGCAGGCUCCCCACACCUAUGCGGUGGUGUUAAGCCGGCCCGCCUGGCUGUGGGGGGCGGAGAUGGGGGCAAACGAACACCAGGUGUGCAUUGGGAACGAGGCGGUGUGGAGCCGAGAGGAGGCCCAUCCCGAGGAGGCUCUGCUGGGCAUGGACUUGGUCAGGCUGGGUCUGGAGAGGGCGGACAGUGCCCAGAAGGCCGUGGACGUGAUCACAGAACUGCUGGAGAAGUACGGCCAGGGAGGGAACUGCAUGGAGGCGGAGAGCAGCUUCACGUACCACAACAGCUACCUGAUCUCAGACAGGACCGAGGCCUGGGUGCUGGAGACUUCUGGGAAAUACUGGGCUGCCGAGAGGGUGGAGGAGGGACAUCGCAACAUCUCCAACCUGUACUCCAUAACCACCAAGAUAGACCGGGAGCACCCGGAGAUGAGGGGCCAUGCCAGGAGCCAGGGCUGGUGGGACGGGACGGCCCCGUUCAGUUUCGCCCAAGUGUAUUCGCGUACGGACACGGCCCGGAUCGAAGCCGCGAGCAGCCGAUGCCGCGAGGGCCGUAGACUGCUGGAGAAAAGUGAAGGGAAGAUCACGGCUGAGGUGAUGAUGGGGAUUCUGAGGGACAAGGAGAGCGGGAUCAACAAGCAGGGCGCGUUCAUGACGACGGGAAGCAUGGUGUCCGUCCUGCCCCGAGACCCCUCCCUGCCGGGGGUGCACUACUUCACCGGGACGCCAGACCCUGAAAGGUCGGUGUUCAAGCCUUUCAUUUUCGUGGAGGACAUCAAGCAGCUGGGGAUGACCCGUUCCCCCGGCUUCGGGCACGAGGACCCCGUGAAGAAGAAGCCCCGUUUCCAGAGCAAGCCGGACCGCAAGCACCCCCUUUACCUCAGACACGAGGUGGCGGCCGCCAUCAUCGCCGCCGAGAUGGAGCAGGGGAACAAAAUCGUACAGAACAUGAGGAAGCUGGAGGAGGAGAAAAUGGCCGAAAUGGAACAGCUUCUCAGCGGCGGGGUGGAAGAUUCUUCUGUGCUUGUACAUCUCUUUUCAAGAGCCACUGAGGAGGAGAUAAAUGUGUAUGGCAAAUCUUGAGUCAGCAACCGGUGCAAUGUCAGUCCAGAUGCAUUUUUUCUCCCCGAUUUCAUGCCUAUGCAAACAUCGCAUGUAAGUAAAUGGUUUUGAUGAUACAAAUAUCCAAAUUGUGCACUACUAUCAGCAUUAUUGUGUAUAAUUUCCCAUGAAAUAUUCAUUUUAAUUCAUAUUACUUAAAAUAUAUAAAUAUUGAUAAUGCCACAUUCAUUUUACCGAUUACCAAUUGCAGUUUGUAGCUACGGACCGGAAUUCAAAGAUUAUACAGUAUGUACAGUAAUUAAAUUAUUAUUUUUAAAAGGUUUAAAUUGUGACUGAUAUAAGUAAUAGCCAUCUCCUGUGUGUAAUAGCAAUAAAUAAAGAACGGUUGUCAUGGCCACUGAUAAAUAUCAAGAAAUAUAUAUCUGACUAGGCAUGGCUUCUUCAGCAGCGGGGUGAUGUGGGCCCUCUUGAAGGAUGAGGAGAAACAUCCGGAAGACAGGGAGGAGUUCACAAGGGAGGUGACAAAUGGGAGGAUGUCUGGUGUGAUUGCCUGGAGUAGAGAUGAGGGGAUAGGGUCGAGAGCACAGGUGGUAGGGCGGUGGGAGAGCAGGAGCUAGGAAACGUCAGGGUCUGUGAGGAGAGGGAAUGUGGAGAAGCGGGGAGGGGGCAGAGGGGUCGAAACGGCAUAAUCAGAAUUCAGAGCCAUUUUUAUGAUCUUUAAUGAUCAUUGUAACUUUUUCAAAUGUAGACAAUACCUCAGUAGUAAAGAAAGGCUCACCUACUUAAUUUUAAUGUACCAUCGAAGUACCUGUGGUCAUGUGCCAGUGUAAACAUCAUGCAGUACAAAAUCUACUUUGCAGCGCUUCACUGCCACCUAGUGUUUAACUACAGCACAGGCAAUCUCUGUUGCUUUGUAGAAAGGUGGGACUGAAGGCUCUAUCAGUGGUUCCCUACCUCGGACCUGGGCACCCCUGUGUAUGCUGGUUUCCAUUCCAGCCACAAUCGGAAUCCCAGAUUUUUUAUUAUUUUUUCCAAUUGGCCCAAGUAUAUUUUUUGUGCAUUGAAGGAUAUUUUUGAUAUUUACAGAUGUUUCUAAAUUCCUGAUGCCCUACUGGCUGUACGGUGGCUGGUACUGGGGCACUGGUGCACAUAGGGGCGCCAUAGCUCGGGAGGUAAGAACGCUUGACUAGCAGUCGGAGGGUUGCCGGUUCCAUCCCCCGCCCUGGGAGUGUCAAAGUGUCCCUGAGCAAGACACCUAACCCCUAAUUGCUCCCAAUGAGUUGAUUGGUACCUUGCAUGGCACCCUUUCACCAUUGAUGUGUGAGUGUAUGUGCGAAUGGGUGAAUGAGAGGCAUAAAUUGUAAAGCGCUGUGGAUAAAAGCGCUAUGUAAAUGCAGUCCUUUUACCAUUUACCAUUGACAGGUUUGUGGUUUAAAGCAAGAAAAUACAGUAACUUCAGAGCAGUCUGUACUGUGACGUUUUUCCUCCAGAGGUCAUCACCAGAGGUUGUAUGUGUGUAUUUUACUUGAUUGUUCUUCAAAACAUUCUGUAAAAUAUAAACCUUAUUUUCAGUUGGAA